UUUCCCUGUUUGUGAGGCCCAGCCUUCAAAGCCAGGGCCCCUUCUUACUCAGCUGUAGGCUGAGCCGGGGGUGCCCGAGGGGGCCUGGAUGCUGGGAGUAGGCACAAGUGGGCUGUGACAGCCGCUGGGCGCUGGGCACCGUGCCAAGCCCUUUCUGCACCUUCUGAGGCGGGGAUUAUACUCCCAUUUGACAAGCAGGGGGACGGAGCUCAGAGCAGCCACCUGAACUACCUGGGGCCACACAGGCAGCCAGUGGCAGAGCCAGGAUCCAACCUCAGGAGCUGCCUGGAGAUGCUGCUGCUCCUGCUGCUGGUAUUCCUGCUGCUGCUGCUGCUGCCACUGGCCGUGCUCUGGCGGCAGCAGGCCCAGGGUCCCGGGCCGUCCUGGCUGGCCAGCCUGCAGCACCGCGUGGCGUGCGGGGCCCUGUGCUGGGCAGCCGCCUGGCAGCAGUGGAGGCUGGAGCAGAGCACCCUGCACGCGGGCCAGCGCCAGCAGCAGGCCCUGAGGUGGUGUCUGAAGGGAGCCCAGGGUCCCCACUCUCCUCUCCGGGGGAGCACAGAUAUGACCACCUUCCGGAAUCAUCUCCCUUUGACCAAGGCCAGCCAGGCCCCGGAAGAAGAAAGUGGGGAGCAGCUCCUGCCCCCAACCUCAAAACAGCAGCACGGGGAGGCCUCUCUGCAGGCCACCUUGCUGGGUCUGGCAGCCCUAAACCAGGCCUACCCAGCAGCGCUGGCCCCCGGGAGCACAGCCUGUGUGACCCCUGCCUCCCCCUGGCCCCACCCUCUCCCCUGGCCCUGGCACGCCCUCAGCCAGGGUAGCCCCCCUGGAGUCAAGGACCCCAGGGCCCUGCUGCUGGAGGCACUGAGGUCCCCAGGGCUGCGGGCACUGGAAGCCAGGACAGCCGUCGAACUCCUGGACGUUUUCUCGGGCCUGGAGGCCGAUGGCGAAGAGCUGGCUGAGGCAAUAGCUGCUGGGAACCCAGGAGCGCCUCUCCCGACGCGGGCAGCUGAGCUGCGGGAGGCCCUCGAGCAGGGACCCCGAGGACUGGCCCUGCGGCUCUGGCCAAAGCUGCAGGUGGUGGUGACUCUGGACGCCGGAGGCCAGGGCGAGGCUGUGGCUGCCCUGGAGGCCUUGUGGUGCCAAGGGCUAGCCUUCUUCUCACCUGCUUAUGCUGCCUCUGGAGGGGCGGUGGGCCUGAACCUGUGGCCAGAGCAGCCCGCUGGGCUCUACCUCCUCCCCCCUGGUGCUCCCUUGAUUGAGCUGCUCCCAGUCCAGGAGGGAGGCCAGGAAGAGGCUGCCACCACUAUCCUGUUGGCCGAGGCCCAGAAAGGCCAGGAAUACGAGCUGGUGUUAACUGACCAGGCCAGCCUUACCAGAUGCCGCCUGGGUGACGUGGUUCGGGUAGUUGGUGCCUACAAUCAGUGCCCAGUCGUCAGGUUCAUCUGCAGGCUGGGCCAGUCCCUGAGUGUUCGAGGAGAAGACAUUGGCGAGGACAUGUUCUCUGAGGCCCUGGGCCGGGCGGUGGGGCAGUGGCCAGGGGCCAAGCUGUUGGACCAUGUCUGUGUGGAGAGCAGCAUUCUGGAUUCCUCCGGGGGCUCUGCCCCCCACUAUGAGGUGUUUGUGGCACUGAGGGGGCUGAGGAACCUGUCGGAGGAAAAUCGAGACAAGGCACAGGCAAGCGCACCCCAUGGCCACGCACCACAUGGCCACGCACCAGCCUCACUCAGCCGUCUGUCCUCAGCUGGACCGCUGCCUCCAGGAAGCCUCUCCCUGCUACAAGGCCCUGCGCUUCCGCGGCAGCGUGGGCCCUGCCAGAGUCCACCUGGUGGGGCCGGGGGCCUUCAGAGCACUCCGGGAGGCCCUCGCUGCCUCCCCCGCAGCCCCCUUCCCUCCGGCGAUGCCCCGGGUCCUCAGGCACAGGCACCUGGCCCAGCUCCUGCAGAGGAGGGUGGUGUCCUGAGCGGAGGCUGCCCACGGGCCCCGCCGCCCCACAAGCUGCCUCUCUCUUUCCUCUGGAGCCUCUCUGGAUGGAUGGGGAGCCCUGGGCCAGGGUCUGUGACUCUGUGUCACCUCUCAGUCGCUCAUCUGAGCUGCUGGGCCUUCGGGAGGUCCAACCUCGGCAGCCAGCUCUGAGGAGGUGACCUCGGGGGUGUAGCUGACCCCACAGGGCAGGGCCCUGCCUGGAGCCCCGUGGACCCCCCUCUGGAGGACCCUGCUGGAGAGUUCCCAUACACGCUGGUGCUCGUGUGUCUCCCAGCCCAGCGCACUGUGCAGGCUGCAAGUGUUGGGAGUUGGUGUUCCCGGGAGCACCCCUCAGUCAGCAAGGAACAGGAGUUGUGAAUACCAGCCUCAGCUUCAUUGUCCCUCAGAGGGACUAUUCUGAAGUGUGUAUGCACCAGCUGCCCGCAGUGGCAGUCCUCUCAUGAACACGGUUCUUAAGGCAUCCCUCCCGUCUCCACGCCCUGAUGUGUUUUCUAGGAUCACUUCCCAAAUAAACCUCUUGCACCCAGA